AUGGCGUGUCCUUUCUUUCGUCGCGCCGACUCGCUGGCGCGUCAACCAUCGGUUACUGUGGAGCCUGGCGCUCAUUGGAAUUUAGAAGAUGAGGAGCUGUCUCUCGCAGGUGAUGCCUUGACUCUGACCCAUCUGCAGAUGGCCAUACAGCUGCUGACAGCGCCAUCCAAUGAGGAUCUCAAUACAGCUGUCACCUCACUGGUGGCCAAAUAUCGACAGAGCUGGCCCAACAUUCAUAAGCUUAAAAUGGAUCCCAAGUUCUUUAAGAACUGCGCCAACUACGAUUAUCUGGCAGAUAUACAAGAGUUGCUCUUGAAGAUGGACGAGGCCAGCGCCAGCGAAAUUCUUGUGCUCCUCGGCGAGGAGCUGAUCACGUGCUGCUGCACUGGCAUUAUCGAGCGAGCCUUUCGCUGUUUGGGCACCGAUCUUCAAGAGUUUUUGGGCUCGCUGGACGGGGUAUACGAUGUACUGAAGUUGCAAGAGGCUGACGUCACCGAUACGGGCUUUGUAUGCGCGGGGGACGGUGAGUUAAUCUUCACCUCGGAGCGUCCGGUGAUAGCAUGGCUGCUGCUUGGAUCCCUCAAGGCACUCACUCGCAUGCUGUACAAGGUGGAUGUGAAUAUUAAAAUUGAACCAGUGGAGAAUGAUGCACGUCGCUACCGUUACUUGUUCUCUCUAGUCAAAGACAGCUCUCAGACACUACAAAUGGGUCGCCCGGACGUGGCUACGAAGCCGCAUGAUAUAGUUCAGCGCAGUAACUCGGCUAAUGCUUCGGAUCUACAAAUGAAUUCGGCCAGCUUCUGCAAGAUGUUCCCCUGGCAUUUCAUCAUGAACGAGGAGCUGGAGCUGGUGCAGCUGGGGCGCGGAUUUAGCAAACUCUAUAAGCCGUAUUUGGCAGACUUUGGCUGCCAGGCCAACACCUACUUUGAUUUUAAACGCCCCAAGGGCUUGACCAUGAAAUUUCGAGAUAUCGUGCGACGCACCUACACGCCCUUUCUAAUUGGUCUAAACAGCCCACCGGGAGUAUCAGAUUUUCCCGCCAUUGGCUUGGAGAUUAAGGGCCAAAUGGUGCACUGCCCGGAAUCGAAUUCAUUGCUAUUCAUUGGCUCCCCCUUUUUGGAUGGUUUAGACGGUCUUACCUGUAACGGGCUUUUCAUCUCUGACAUUCCCUUGCACGAUGCUACGCGUGAGGUGAUAUUGGUAGGUGAGCAGGCACGUGCUCAGGAUGGCCUACGUCGUCGCAUGGAUAAGUUGAAGAGCAGCAUUGAGGAGGCGAACUCGGCGGUGACCAAGGAACGUAAGAAGAACGUCAGCCUCUUGCAUUUGAUCUUUCCGGCUGAGAUUGCUGAGAAAUUAUGGCUGGGCUCUUCAAUAGAUGCCAAGACCUAUCCGGAUGUGACUAUACUUUUCAGCGAUAUUGUUGGCUUUACCAGUAUUUGCUCCCGGGCCACACCAUUUAUGGUCAUCAGCAUGCUAGAAGGAUUGUAUAAGGACUUCGAUGAAUUCUGCGACUUCUUUGACGUGUACAAGGUGGAAACCAUUGGAGACGCGUAUUGUGUGGCCAGCGGAUUGCAUCGGGCCUCCAUCUACGAUGCUCACAAGGUGGCCUGGAUGGCGCUGAAGAUGCUUAGCGCUUGCUCCAAGCACAUAACACACGAUGGUGAGCAAAUCAAAAUGCGAAUCGGCCUGCACACUGGCACGGUGCUCGCAGGCGUAGUGGGUCGCAAAAUGCCCAGAUACUGUUUGUUUGGACACAACGUAACCAUUGCGAACAAGUUCGAGUCGGGCAGCGAAGCAUUGAAGAUCAAUGUGAGCCCCACAACCAAAAAUUGGCUAACCAAACACGAAGGUUUUGCUUUUGAUCUCCAGCCACGCGAUCCUUCCUUCCUACCGAAGGAGUUUCCCAAUUCGAAUGGUAAUGGUACCUGCUAUUUCCUGGAGGGAUAUCGCAACCCGGCGCUGGACAGCAGCCUGCCGCUAGAUGAGCAUAUUAAUGCAGCUAUGAAGACCAUAUCCGAGGGCGGCGAUGCCUAAGAAUCUUAGAGAAUUAAUUGCUCAGUAGCCACUUAAACAUAGUUCAAUGCACAUGUAGUCUAAUUUUGUUGCGCUCUUGCAUAGCCUUUAACAAUAAAUAAACUUUCCGUCAAUGUUUGCGCUCAAGCACAAAA